ACUCCUGCACAUUCAACAUGAAUCUAGAGACAAAUUCCCAUGCUACGCCAGCCUCAGCGGCAGAUGCGUUAUCGCACUUGGAUGCCUUUACACGUUCCAUACCAAAACCCGUUUUUCCUCCUGAUGCCAUCGAUCCACUAGUGUCGGGCAUUCUUCGUGCAACACGACCUCUUCUCGAUACUGAUCCUGACUGGAUUCUCCCAAACAUUGCACUCCUCGAAGGACAACUUCACGUGUAUGACACUCUGAUCGAUCAACUUUACACGGUCUUUGAAGAGCUGGAGACCUAUCGUGAUGCGAUCCAGGUGGUAUCAACGCAGUUCUCAUCGACAUUAGCUCCCAUCCGCCGCCUUCCAAGCAAGGUUCUUCGUUCCAUAUUUCGAGAAACUCAGUCGAGCGAUCUUGUUGAGAGGUGGUCAAUGAAUAGCCGGCCCAUCAUCGGAUUUAUGCAGGAUCCGCUGACACUCAGUCAAGUUUGUGGUUCCUGGAGAGAUAUUGUCGUUUCUUCCCCAGAACUCUGGUCGCAUAUCAAAAUCACGUACCCUAGAUUGGAACCAGAUAAUCCGUCUGCGUCUAACUUCCAAUCGCUCUUGAAAACCAUCCUUCCACUUUCUGACCAGCUUCCUCUUGAUAUGCAAUUUAAAUCGGAUGAACAUACCAGCUCUGGUGACGCCAUUGAAGUUUUUUCCUUGUUACUAGGAGAGCGCCAUCGGUGGAGGAGUGCAUCUCUGAAACUCCCCUUGGACUUGUUGGAGCUGCUGAAGUCAUCUAGUAGGAAGCUAGCAUGUUUAGAGUCUUUAACACUCGUCACUCCGCACAUACCAAGAGAUGAUGGGGCAUUCUCCCCGGGGGACGUCAGUGAUGUUUUCAUCGAGGCUCCUAGCCUUCGAAAGGUGGAAUUGCAUGAAUUAAUCGGGCUUGACUCUUUCGCACUUCCUCGUCAGAUUACGCACCUCGCAGCAUCCAUUACUGCCAUCCACAAUCUCCACACUCAUAGCCUACUCGAAGAGUUACAUCUCAAACAAAGGGACAUUGACGAUAUCGCCUUUCCUCAUCGUAUUACCCUCCCCAAAGUCCGACGCCUCUCAGUAUUAUCCCUGAAACUGCUUCGAUACCUGUGUCUACCUUCCUUAGAAGACCUCACGUUCGACAGUCAUGUCGGGAGUCUUUUUCCAACCAUUGAUGAGGCUCGUAUAGUGGCGGCGGCGGCGACCCUCAACGACUUUAUCCGCUCCUCCCGCUGUUCCCUCACUUCAUUAGCUACUGGAACUGCCAUCGCACACGCUUUGGACUUCAUUCAAGAGACACUUCCGAUGCUUGAAUCUCUUACGAGCCUGGAAUUCCCCAUUGAUCGAGAAGGCGUGUUCUAUAAUGCCCUGACGUCCUCUUCUAACCUUCUCCCCAAUCUACAACAUCUAACAAUGUGUCUACCGCUACUCGAGAUCUGGGGCGGGAUGAGCGGGAUCCUAGUACCGUGGGAUUCCUUAUCUGCAAUGAUGACUUCGCGUCGUCAUCGUCUCCGUUCUGUCAGAUUUGAUUACCCCACACUUUUUGCCCGUGCUGGCGAUGAAUUUCCUGGUAUUCCGAACACAGAACUUGAGCAACUUCGGAAACUCGGAAUAGACUUGAGGACUGUGGAUCCACACAGCUUCGCUGGCGUUAGUUUCGGAAAUUUUGCGUAG